AUGGGCUCAAAUGGAUCGACGUCAGACUCUCUGAUUGGGCGCACAGUGAGAACGACUCCCACAGAUUUGCCGAAUCCCGUCCACUAUGACAAGACGCGUCCCGCAAUCGCUGCGUAUUUCUUCAAGAGGAAGCGAUGGAUAUCGGUGACGCUGCAGGGGGAGCUCUGGCGUCCCUCCCAUCUUGUCCUCUGCGUCAGCAUGCCCUUGUAUUCAACUGCAAACAUCUCCACGAUGAACGGACAUGCAGAUUUGGACCAGUCGAAAGUCGCAGGCUCCACCCUGCUGUCUAAGUUCCUUCAAGCUCACCAACAGCUUGAUGCCCACAAGGGUGGGAAGCCUGUCCUCGUCGAUGGUCACUCCCUUUCCAUAGCUGCAGUUGCAGCAGCCGCACGUUACCACACUCCUGUUAGUUUGGACGACUCUCCUGAGGUCAAGAAGCAAGUGAUCAAGAGCAGAAACGUCAUCGUCGAUAAGGUCAACUCAGAGGCCAGCGUGUAUGGUGUCAGCACUGGGUUCGGUGGUAGUGCUGAUACACGUACAAAUGACCCGUUGGCUCUCGGACACGCUUUGUUGCAGCAUCAACAUGUUGGCGUGCUCCCAUCUCAAUUAGACAGUGCCCCUCCGGCCUUGCCGAUCUUGGACCCACUCACGUCCACAAGCAUGCCGGAGUCUUGGGUCCGCGGAGCAAUCCUCAUCCGCAUGAACUCGCUCAUUCGCGGACACUCUGGCGUCAGAUGGUCGCUUAUCGAGAAGAUGAACGAUCUUUUGAGGGAGAAUAUCACGCCGCUAGUCCCACUUCGUGGCAGUAUUUCUGCUUCUGGGGAUCUGUCACCCUUGUCGUACAUCGCGGGAUUGCUGACGGGAAAUCCCUUUAUCCGUGCCUUCGAUGGACCUACACAGUUUGGAUCGCGUCGGAUCGUGUUGGCAAACGAAGCUCUUACUGCCCAUGGCAUCGAGCCGAUCUCGCUAGCUUCGAAGGAGCAUCUGGGAAUCCUCAACGGCACCGCCUUCUCAGCAUCUGUAGCUGCUCUCGCCUUACACGACGCUCUGCAUCUCGCGUUGCUUGCUCAGGUGUGCACCGCGAUGGGGACAGAAGCACUGCUAGGUGCCCAAGGCUCGUUUGCACCGUUCAUCCAUGAAGUAGCACGGCCGCAUCCCGGGCAGAUAGAGGCGGCCACCAUUAUCAGCGACCUACUGGCCGGUACCCAUCUGGCGGUGACUGAGGAGCAGGAGAAGCACAUCUCGGACGAUGCUGGGGAGCUGCGGCAGGACCGCUAUCCUCUGCGUACCGCCGCCCAGUUUCUUGGUCCUCAAAUAGAAGAUCUCUUAUCUGCGCUUGCGACCGUGACACUGGAGUGUAAUUCCACUACGGAUAAUCCGCUGAUUGACGGCGAUUCAGGCAAGGUUCAUCAUGGUGGCAACUUCCAAGCUAUGGCCGUGACGAAUGCUAUGGAGAAGACGAGGCUGGCGCUGCACCACAUAGGGAAGCUGUUAUUCUCGCAAUGCACCGAGCUGAUGAACCCCAGCAUGAAUCGCGGUCUGCCGCCAAGCUUGGCGGCGACGGAUCCAUCGCUCAACUACCAUGCGAAGGGGAUUGAUAUUCAUGUUGCUGCCUACGUUGGUGAGCUAGGUUAUCUAGCGAGUCCGGUGUCGACGCAUGUGCAGUCAGCAGAGAUGCACAAUCAAGCCGUAAAUUCUCUGGCAUUGAUCAGCGGCCGUGCGACCAUCGAUGCCGUGCAGGUGCUCUCACUACUGACGGCGAGCUAUCUAUACACUCUCUGCCAAGCGCUUGAUCUUCGCGCGCUCCAGCAUGAGCUGCAGUUGGGCAUGAAGGAGAUUGUGCACGAGGAGCUGGAGAGAUGCUUCGCUCGGUCUCUGUCUCAGGCGGACAUCCAGGAGUUAUUCGGCGCUAUUUGGCGAGCGAUGGCCGACGCAUUGGAGAGCACAAGCACGAUGGAUGCAGUACCACGAAUGCGAGCUGUCGCCAAUGCGAGCUCAACGCCCGCUGUGGACUUCUGCACAGCACGCGGGUACAUCCAGGCUCUGGCUGAAAUCACCGCUUUCCGGGAGAAAGUCGCAGAACACAGCGCGGAGUUGUUGGGAAAGCUCAGAGAACUAUACCUGUCGGGUGAGAGAGGAGCUGCUCCGGCAAGCUAUUUAUUGGGAAGGACGCGCACCGUGUACGAGUUUGUGCGUGUGACGUUGGGCGUUCGCAUGCACGGCUCGGAGAAUCUGGAUAUGUUCAAGGCUGGCCUCAACAUCGAGGAUGUUACAGUGGGACAGAACAUCUCCUUCAUAUACGAGGCAAUUCGUGACGGUAAGCUGCAGUCCGUGGUUGCGGCUCUCUUCAAAUGA